AUGAGAUUGGAUCAUUUCAGUGAGUACACGACAACUGCUUCGGUGACGAAACCGAAAGAGGAAUCUCGACCGUCCGGAUUUCGUAAAACACCGCCGUUUGCGAUCUUUUUGAAAGAACACUUCGUCAAAAAAGAUGGCGUCAAGGUGACCGAAGCGAUGAAGGAACUCAAAAAUCGUUGGAAUUUAUUAGGUGCCAUCGAGAAAAAGAAAUAUUUCGAUGAAUCGGAAGCGGAAUUGAAGGCGAAAAUAGCGAAAUUCGAUGCGUUAAGUGUCGAAGAGAAGCAAAAACUUCUCGACGAGAGCGCGAAACAACGAGAGGAACGGAAACGUCGCAGAAAUCGUGCUGAAAAGGCGGCGAAACGCGAAGAAGCGAAUCGUCCUGUUCGACCAUCAUCGGCCUACAAUCUGUACAUAAAAGAAAAAAUGGAUUCUACCGAGCGAACUCCCGAGAAAAUACGCGCAAGAUUCAGCGAGGCUGCGGCUGCUUGGAAAACACUUCCUGAUAGUGAGAAACAGAAAUAUAUUAGUCAAGCGGAUGCGUUGGCAAAGAAAUUUGCAAAGGAUAUGGCUGCUUGGAAGGAAGCUAAUGAGAAGGAGAAGAAAUUAAAGAAUGAAACGACUGCUGAGAAAAGUGCUGCUUAG